CCCCCAAUUACGACGCCAUAUGCCAUAUGCCGACAACGGUGUUUCUGUUCUCGCGAGAUCUUUUCUUCUUCAAGACACCUGUCGAAGCAAAUUUGCGAAAAUGGUUAUGCGACUAGGGCCAUUUGACGGGAGGAAGCGACGCUUCCGCUGCAUUGGGUGCAGCAAGGCGCAUCUGAAAUGUUCCGGAAAGCAGCCUUGUACGGUAUGCACUAAGAAGGGCGUUGAAUGUAUUUUUGAAAAGGCAGAGUCUUCCAAAGUCAUUAUUCAUAGGGACACUAGAACCCACCAAACGGCUGCUAGCUUCCGGGUAACCACGUGGAAGCCUCCCAUCUCUCCUCAGCCAAUAACAGAACAGGAGGUGUUUCUAUUUUAUUUUGGCGACUUUUCCAAGUAUAAUAACUUGACGGGACGAAAAGGCCAUGGCUUGGCUGAUGACGUCAAGGGGCUGGCGCUGUCCCGUAGAGAUGCGCAUCUUACUGACGCCAUGCUGUCGAUUGGCGCUCUCCAAGCUCUGAAGCGGAUAUCGGAGGAUGAUGAACGACGGCGCAAAUAUUUUUAUUCAGCUGUGAAACAUUAUUCACAAGCUGUUGUAGGGUUGAAAGAGCAUAUUAGGAUGCUACCAGCGACUGUGGAUGACGACCGGCAAACUAAUAUCCUGUGGACAACCUUUUUUCUCGGAUUAUUUGAGUUGGUCAACCAGAUAUACGCAGAGGCAUGGCUGCAGCAUAUGAUUCAUGGCACAGCCCGCGGGUUGGAAGCAGCAGGACCCAGCCUUUGCACAACGGACAAUGGACGACGGUUCUUUCAGCAAGCCCGUGUAAUGGAGGUUUGCCGGUCCAUCUUUUUCAAUUCGCCAACGUUUCUCACGGCGCCUGAUUGGAUGCAUAUGCUGCGUCGGCUGUCAUCGAAAGAGCGACUACCACUAGACUCGCUCUUAGACAUCAUUGUCAUGUGCACUUCUUUACGAGUAAAGAUUGAGAAGGCUCUGGCUGACCGCGAUGCACUCUCAUGCGAACCACCAUCUGAAGAGAUGUAUGCGGUUGCCGCCGAUGGUAUGAAGCUACGCCGGGCGCUUGUCGUAUGGCAAGAAUCGUACGGCGAACCCAUUGACGCCAGAUCGACCAUGGUAGAGGACGAGGCCAUGCUGCUCUGCCACAUCUUCUUCGCCGCCGUGAGCAUCUACCUCUCUGGCGCGUUCGACUACGAAACCGAACACUGGGUAGGCCACGACGUCCAGAUACCUACCUUGUCCGAGGUCGAGAUCAACCAGCACCGCCAAGACACAAUGGACCUUGUCGACCUAGGAAUGAAGAGAAGCAGUCUCUCCCCUGUACUUUUCCUAUUUCCCCUGCAUAUUGCUGGCGCCCGCGCGACAAGCGAACGAGACCGGACGCGGAUCCGGAUCCUCCUUGAAGCAAUUGGGAAACGGUUCGCGGUUGUAACAGCAGUGCGAAACUCGCUCGAGGUUGUCUGGGACCACAGAAAAGCCGUAGAAGCCUGAGCGCCAACCGCCGUGCCACAAACACCCAGGCGCUUACAGGAAUUUACUGGCGGGGAUUGCGCGGCGGGGGGGCGGGGGGCUUGGACCAGCGUCAACUGUGCAACGCCAUGUGGAAUUGGAAAAUGGGCCCGGGCCCCCUUGUCGAGUAAUCGUAGAUGGGGAGAGCAUAGCGCUGCGGAUCAUGUGCGAGCCUAUCCAUCCAUCCAUCUGGUGACGAGUCGCCGCCGCCUCUCUUGGCCUAACCAGCGGCGAAUACACGGCGACAAAGAAAACAGAAGUUAGCUCUAGCAAAACGGCGAAUAGACUAGCGUGGCGUAUUCGGCAGACGUAUCGAUGCAAGGCGUGGGAAACUAUUGGUUGUAGCGGGCGCUAGGCUGGCGGUUUAUGGGUGCAGUGCAGCGAAUACCUGUUUCACGGCCGCGUUUCCAAAAGGUGCAAACCGAGUACGAACGGAUGGCCGUCAGCUGCCCGCCAGGUGCCGCCAGGUGCCAGGGUGGAGUCGUUGGCCGGGCCUUGCAGCUGCGGCAGCACCAGUCGCGGCGAGCUUUAGCUUCAGCCACUACCGAUGGUCG